CUGGCUCACCUAGUUGAUAUUACGCUCCGCAAGGAGCUGGACACUACUCUCAUUUCGGCUUUUAUAGAGAGGUGGCAGCCAGACACCAAUACCUUUCACAUGCCAUUUGGAGAAAUGACGAUUCUCCUCCAUGAUGUGCACCACAUCCUUGGUGUUCCAGUAGACGGAGAAAGGAUGAGUGUGGACACUGGGGAGAUGCUGACACUGGACGUAGACAUGUGCGAGCUUCUUGGCAUGACCAAGGGGCAAAUAAGUAUGGGUGCAAAGCGGCCUGGAGGUCGUGAAAGGGCUGCCUGGUACAAUGGACAUGGUUUGUUGGGUGAUGAGGCGUUGCAGUAUGUGCGUAUGCACGGGACAGCGUCUCGAGAGGCACAGUGUUACCUUCUGUUAUUGUUGGGGUCUACAUUGUUCGUGGACAAGAGUAAAGACCGUGUGAAAGCUGUUGUCAACUUGUUCUUGAAGAACCCAGAGUUGGUGAAUGGCUUGAGGCCGAGUCAACUAAAGCCACGGGAUGUUCCAGAUGGGCAACCUUUUGCAUCUAGGUGGCGCGGGAUCCCACCUCUAGCAUCCUAUAAGAGAGAUAAUCAUUUGGUACAUCAUUACCGUGAGGCGAUUGACAACUUGACAGCCAGACAGGUGGACUGGACACCAUAUGGUCAAUCCCCCCAUAUCAAGCUUCGUCGUUCCUUGUAUAGUGGUGGGGUGAUCUCGUUUGCUGAUGUGUCAGAGGUGUUGCGUGAGAUAUUCACGAAGAUUGCUCCUGUACUUGACGCUGGCGGAGAGAGUCGAGAGCAGUUAAGGGCGAGGUCGGACGAGUUCUAUGACAUAAUUAAAGGAGUUCAACAAUUGUGGGCCGAAUACAAGCAGAUGUUAGGGCAGCCGUGA